AUGGCAGACAUUUCAUCUAUUCGAGCUGAAAUAAAAACUUGGGAACGCGAUUUCAAGUCAAAGUUCUCUAGGGACCCUUCUAUCCAGGAUAUUAGAGACCAACCUGCUGUAGCUGACAAGUACAAGUUAUACAAGAAACUAUUAAAGGCAGCUGAGACGCGUCCUUCCUCGUCUCAGACACCUACCAAUCGCUCUCGCAUAAUUUCCAAGCCGCUAAAGAACAAAGGCAAGCAGAGAGACUCUCCCCCUGCAUCCUCAUUUUCAACUCGAAGGGCGCCCUUAUCAAAUCCUUUCGCAACUCCGUCCAAGAAUAUACCAAACCGUCUCUUCCAGAGCGAAUCUCCAGAUAAUUUCUCAGACGGUCAGCCACAUUCACCAAUCGGUACAUCUCUCAACUCGCAGCUACCUCCCGCGCCGAACACGGCAGUCUCGCGCGCGCGAAAGAGACUACGUGGUGAACCAGUCUCACCCUCACCCAAUAAGCAGAAGCGUCAACGUAUCGGUUCUCACUCAGUUUUACCCUUUCAAUUAUCACAUCCUUUGUCUAGCGAUGAUGAUGAUGGGGAAAUCGGUGGCGCGGAUAUCAAUACCUCAUUCGUGGAUGAUUCACCCGUGAAACUACCGGCAGGCGGCAAGUCAUUCAGGCUCCUCUUUGAAGACGCUCUGCCAACUGCAAGUGCACCAAAGAGACAUGCAAACGUAUCAAAGUCACAGCCACGAAGCUCGGAUGAUGCUGUAACCUUCUACGGGUUCGAUUCGAACGAUACCACGAGUCUCGAAGUAUCUCCCUCCAAUGCUCCUAGACGCUCGAAAAGCCACAAGGACAGGCAGAUUGCAAAGGCAGACAUAAAACCUACUUUGACCACAAAGCUUAUCAAGAAAGAUGAGUUUCCCAGUGCUGAAGGCCAGGUGAACCAGUCGAGAUCCGGCCUAUCGCGGACGAUCGCUAGGGAGAAACGAGCGCCCAGCAAGCUCCAGGAACCAAAGUCAUCACUCAAGCGUGCCUUGGAGGUCGUGUCAGUGAAUGAUGGACUGGCAUCAGCUUCUUCACAGCUUCCCUUACUUCCACCAUCUCCAAGUCCUGAAGACGCCUCUUCAAAUAAACGUGUUCCAGCAAACGGAAAGGGGAAAGCUGGAGCUAGUCGAAAGAAAGCCAAGGUUGUCGAUGAGGAGGUUGGGGAUGAAGACGAAGACGAUUUAGACGAAGUUGCCGUUAAAGUCAUCAAUCGGGCUCAGACAACACAGCAGCUGUCGGAAAAUACUGACGAGCCUGACUGGGAUCCAAUAUUACAUAGCGGUACCCGUAACCGCGAUCCAGAUGCCGCGGCCGGCCACGGUGACACGACUCAUAACGAAAAGGGAACGUUUCGUGUUGAUUUGCCUGACGAGCUUCGCCUCAUGUUGGCUAUUUCACCAUCAAGAAGUCACAACAGCAAGGAGGAGCGUGUAUUCCGCGGUUUACUUUACGGUAAUCGUGUUGGUCACUAUGACGCGUCAAGAGGUGGCGAUAUCUGGGAUAUCGGUGAAGCGGAAGAUGACAUCCGAGGUAGCACCGAGGGUGAAGACGAUUGGGAGGGGGAGCCUAUACCAUGGGAAGUCGGAGAGCUGUAG